UGCUGUGUGACGGGAAUGGUGACCUCAGAGGACAGGAAUGUUUUCUCUGCGCGCAGCCUGCAUCUGAUUGGUGGACGGAGCGGUUUGGACCAGCAGGACUUUGGGGCGGAAACCUCAACACGCAUAUUCAGAGGCUGGCUGAAGAUCAGAAAGAGUCUGGGAAAGAAACGUCGAGCACUCGAGUUAACGACUUUUAAUACACCCUCAUUAUUAAUUAUUGUAUUUUUUACCAACAGGAUGUUUCCAAAGUCUCUGAAGUGUUUGCUGCUGGUUCUGGUGUACCAGUGCGCUGCGUCUUCUCCACCAAACCGAGACGGAUUUUUUGGACGGACCUUUGUUCUUUAUAAGCCUUCAUCCACAGAUGAACCACUAGACCUGGAUUCAAUUUUAGAUUAUGACGAUGGCAAAUUCAAUGUUUCUACAAGAAAUCGGACAAGAAACAUUAAAGCUCCUGCGUCAAGCACCACGGAAGAGGCUUUGCUGUUUCUAACAGGCCCCGUCUCCACAAUCCUCAUACCUUCCUUCUACACCCUGGUGUGCUGCAUCAGUAUCCCCAUCAACAUCUGUGCGGUACUGGCCUUCGCUCGUGCGAUCCGGCCCAAGAAACCAGCAGCCAUCUACAUGCUGAACCUGGCCUUUGCAGAUCUGCUCUUUGCUGCAAUGCUUCCCUUCAAGAUCGCCUACCAUUUUGAAGGCAAUAACUGGAAAUUCGGUGCUCUCAUGUGCCGUAUUGUGACAGCUGCCUUUUACUGGAACAUGUAUUGCUCUGUUCUCCUCAUUGCUUGCAUCAGUGUGGACCGGCUUCUUGCGGUAGUUUACCCCAUCAACUCACUGGCUUGGAGGAGGCCGCAGAACGCAGUCAUAGCCUGUGUAACCAUGUGGAUACUAUCCUGUGCUGGCUCGGUGCCUCUUGUCAUCUCUAACCAGGCUCAUUACAUCGAUGAACUGAACAUCACCACCUGCCAUGAUGUCCAGGAGUCAAGUGAUGUGAUGUGGGUUAAGAACUACUUCAUCACCCUCUGCUGCGUUGUCUUCUUCCUGCCUCUGGUUAUCACAGUAGCAUCUUACUCUCGAGUUAUCUGGUCGCUGAGGAGAGUCUCACAUGCAGUUCCAGGAAGCUCGCGCAGAAGAACGAGAGCAGUGGUGAUGGCUCUGACAGUGCUGGUUAUUUUUGUGUUGUGCUUCAUGCCCACUAACUGCCUGCUGCUAGCACACUACUUUCAGUUUAACGAAGGAACCAUCAAGAGUCGGGAGAAUCCUGAUGGAUCCUACGGACUCUAUCUGGUCUUUUUGUGUUUGGGAAGUCUGAACUGCCUCCUGGAUCCUUUGGUCUACUACUUUGGAUCAUCCCAGUGCCAGAGGCAGCUGUCCAGCAUGCUGAGGUGUCAGAAGAUUACAGAGAGGGGCAGCAUCACUCACACAUCAUCUGAUUCAUGCAGAUCCAGCACCAGAAAAAUGUUGAAAUCCAGCCAUACAGAGUGCUCCCAUAUUAAGACCUCAGUUACCAAAAUGGACUCUUUCCAAGAAAACCUCAACAGCCAGUACAAGAAACUCCUGGUUUGACUAAAUGUUACACUGAACACUACUGAUCAGGAUAUUUUAACUGACUGUCACACGUGACUGUAAAGUACAGAAACAACACAUGAACAUUGAUGAAUUACUGCACAUAUGGAGCACUUGUAGUUUGCCUUAGAGAAUAUUUCUCUUCUAUGAUUAGAAAUAUUAGAUGAUAGCUGAACUUUUGCUACCAACAGUUUUGGUUCCGUAAUUAAAAAUAUGCAAUGACAGAUGAAU